AGAUGUGUAUCAUUGUUUGCAAGUGGCACUUGUUGAUUUGGCCGGCGACUUCUGUGAAGUUGUCAGCAUGAAGAGCGAUGUUAGAAGUGAGCCCGAGUCCUGCGUCACCCCCCUUCGUCCCUGCCCUUUGACCCUACCCUGACCCAACCUCAACCAUGUCUCCGUCGUCGGGAGAGCUAUGGGGCUGCACCUUCAUGCCCCAGGUGCUCGUCAUCGACUUCCUGUUGCCGAAUGGGAUUCUGAUUCCAUUGCCGAUUGUGCGUGACUCGCCUUUGUCAAUGGUCAAGGAGACGUUGUGGGAUGCGGCGAGAGCCAUGCCGAAGUACGAGAUUCUGCAGGAUAAGUCGGUGUACGUCUUCGAGGCUGUCAUUCAGAAUGCCGAGCGAGAGGAGUUGUUUGACGAGUCCCGACGUAUAUGCGACCUCAAGCUCUUCGUGGCCAUGCUUCGCAUCGUCGUCCCGAAGGGAGACAAAGUGGAAAAGAUGAUUGACGCCGAAAUUAGCAUAGCGAUUGGGAGAGAAGUGAUCCGAUUGGAGCAGUUGCAAGCUGCGGAUAACGAGGUGUACGAAUUUCGACGUUCUUUGGCUGUUUCCUGUAUUGAAGUAUCUCAUGUGCGGUCGACAUUGGGUAGCAUUUCAAACUCCUCUGUUUGUUCUCCCGAGCUUGCGUCAUCUCCCGAAUUGCCACCUGAGCUGGAUUCAAAACUCGACAGAGGAAUGAUACGAAUACGUGUUUGGCUUAUGUGGGAAACCGAAGGCAAGCAAAGCUACACCAUUGCUGUGUCCAAGGAUGUCUUCCCUGAAUCAUUGAUCGCACAGGUUGUUGUAAAGAAAACGAAGAGCUUGAGAUUGACGAAGGAGAAACUGAACGAAAUCAUUGAAGAACACCAGACCACAUUCGUUCUUAAAAUUUGCGGCGUUGAAGAGUACUUGUUUCUCAAUAAGCAUCCGAUAUCGCAGUACAAGUGCAUACGUCGGUUGAUAGCUCGUGGCAAAACACCUGAAAUUGCCUUGGUCCAUCGGAAAGAAGUCCACGUGGAUUGUGAGAACAGCCGAUUUCACGUUCCAUCCUAUGUAAAGCGAGCUCCACCCCCCAAAAUUGGUGAAACCCAGUGUUUAUGGGAUAUGAACGAGAAGAUGCGCGUUCGAGUUAUGUCCGCCACAUAUGUCAAUGUGAAGGAAUCUGAACAGCUCUAUGUGAAGCUUGGAUUGUACAAUGGGCCAGAGUCCUUGGGUGCAGAACGAGACACAGCCCGUGUGCAGUCUCGGCCGCAUUGGGACGAAAUGGUCGAAUUCGACAUUGACCUUGAGAAUAUUCCGCGAUGCGCCCAAUUAUGCGUCGCCAUUUGCGCAGUUUCGCGCAGGUCCAAGAAACGGGAGGACCAGUGCCUCGUUGCUUGGGGCAACGUGCAAAUUUUCGAUCACCGCAGCAUCAUGAUCUCUGGAACCCUGUCUCUCAACCUUUGGCCGUCUCCACGCGGUGUUCAAGCCGAAUUACUCAUACCGUUGGGAGUGAAAGGUUCAAACCCGAACCGGGAUUCGCCGUGUUUGACCCUCGAAUUCGAGCGCCACGGAGUGGCGAUCAUGUUUCCUGAUGAUUCGGUUUUGCUGGCUUUGGGGGAGCACUUGUUGAAGACGGAAGCUAAGCAACGGGCCAAGGAUGGGAAAGAAAACACGAAGCAGGAGAACCAAGUGCUGGUUAAGCAGUUCCAGGAGAUAGCUAGGAGAGAUCCGUUGACGCAGUUAUCGGAGCAAGAUCAGGAGACGUUGUGGCAGUCGAGAAAUCAGUGCUACGUCGUACCGGACAUCCUUCCGAGAUUGCUUGACUCGUUGAAAUGGAACAGCAAGGGGGAAGUUGCUCAGCUGUAUAUUGUUCUGAAAGAAUGGCCCCCGGUGUCACCAGAAACGGCACUUGAAUUGCUGGACUGCAAGUACGUGGAUUUGAACGUACGAAAAUGUGCCGUGCAUUGGCUAGAUCGGUCCCUAACCGACGACAAAUUAAAUCAGUAUUUGCUCCAACUUGUUCAGACCCUGAAACAUGAGUCAUAUUUGGACAAUCCGUUGUCGCAUUUUCUUCUGAAGAGGGCGUUGCUGAACAGACGCAUCGGACACUAUUUUUUCUGGCAUCUUAGAUCCGAGAUGCAUUUACCAUCGGUAAAUUUGAGGUUUAGUUUGCUUCUGGAGGCAUUUUGUAGAGGAGUGUGCAAUUUGCGGAAUAUUUUUAUUCAACAAGUAAAAGCUUUGGACAAGCUUGUGUGCCUUACUGACGACUUCAAAAAGCAUCUAACGGAGAGCGCAAAGGAAAUUGAGAAAUUGAUGGCAGAGAAGGUAUCUCAAAGUGAUUACAUGGAAGCACUGCAGUUUUUACCAUCGCCACUGGACGCAACCUCUAUGUUGGGUGGCCUUGAAAUCGCAGCAUGCAGGGUUAUGGACUCAUCCAAGAAGCCUUUAUGGCUACAAUGGACUAAUCCGGACCCGAUGUCUAACGCCAUCUUCCGGCCAAAGCAGUUGUUGAUUUUCAAAAAUGGAGAUGAUCUUCGUCAGGACAUGCUUACCCUGCAAGUGAUCCGGAUAAUGGAUGAUAUAUGGAGAGAUGAAGGCAUGGAUUUAAGAAUGUUGCCGUACUCAUGUCUCGCUACCGGUCGGCAAGUUGGUCUGAUUGAGGUCGUGCAGCGGGCGAAGACGGUGUAUGCAAUCCAGCGACAGCAGUCGAAGCUUGCUGCGAUUCAGGUUGAUUCUACGUCUCUGAAUAAGUGGAUUCGCGAGAAGAACCAAAAACCGGAAGAGUACGAGAAAGCCGUUGAAGUAUUUACUCAUUCUUGUGCCGGGUACUGCGUUGCUACGUUUGUACUUGGGAUUGGAGACAGGAAUCCCGAUAACAUCAUGGUAAACGAAGAUGGGCAGAUUUUUCACAUAGAUUUUGGACACUUCUUGGGGCAUUUCAAGAAAAAAUUCGGCAUCUCGAGAGAAAGAGUGCCAUUCGUGCUCACGGAUGAUUUCAUUUGCGUGAUAGCAAAAGGAUCAAGUGAUGCUGGAAAGAGUGAAGAGUUUGAGAGAUUUCAAGAACUCUGUGGAAGAGCAUAUCUCGCUUUGAGAAGACAUGCAAACCUUCUGAUUACGCUUUUUACAAUGAUGCUUUCGUCCGAGAUUCCUGAGUUACAGUCAAUGAAUGACAUUGCGUACCUGAGAAAAACGCUGGCCGUGGAAAUAGGCGACGAAGAGGCACUGAUGUAUUUCCAGAAUCAGCUCAACUAUGCCUACGGAGGAGGAUGGACGACAAAACUGGACUGGUUUUUUCACAGUGUAAAGCACAUGUGAAUGGGGUACGUGUUGAAACCACUCCGGGAAAAGCCCUAUUUUCGGGCCAGAUUCUUGCUUCUUCCGAGUGACGCGAGCGGAAACAAAAAAGCGAUCAAAAUUUUUUUUUUUCUAGGAGAGAUUAUUUAAAAUGUCAUCUAAUUGGAAAAAGUUUAAAAAAGCCUUGAGUGAGCACCAACAAGUCUGAUUAUUCGCUUACAUUCCUUCUUGGGUUCCUCACAGAUGAAUCCGAGGAAAAUUACGCUUAAUAUUUGUAUCCCUUGAAUAUCAAACUGAGAAAAUAUGCUCAAUUGCAACGGAACAUUAUUAAUACUGAUGAUUUUUCUUGAAACUGAGGCUUUUUAGCAGAACAGUUCCUAUCGUUUCUGGAUUUGCAGGUCGUAUUUUCUUUCCUGAAGUCAAAUGCCGGAAAAAUGAUUCUGUUGGCUAAUCUAGUCAUUGGUACAAACAGAAAAUGAAAGAGACCGCGUUGCUUUUUGUUGUUGUUGGGCAUGAUGUCGCUUUCAUUUAUUGCCAAAAAUUAAUUUGGAUGCUAGCAGGACUUCGAUUAAAAUGGGUUGUAUGGAAGUUCAAAAAAAAAUCUGGAUGAAAGUUUGAUGGAUCGCUGUGAUCCGGGCUUGUGGGGUUUUUGAAGCUUUGCGGUCACUCGGAAGAUAUCAAGGCUGGAAUCUGCGUUUUUCGCAUUGGCUUCCAAGUCACGCGUCUGUGAGUUGAAUUCUCGUAAAAUAGCUGCAUCGUGUGUGAAAAAAAAAUGUAAUUGUUGAUAACUGAUAAUGUGCACCGCGUUCUUGAGAUGCUCACGGAAAAUUGUCGCAGAAUGGUGAUCAAUCGCUGUGGUUCAUUUUCUAGUCCGGGAAAUUCUUGCUUAAAACAAUCCCGACGUUCAUCAGAACCCGAAACGGUGUUUCUUUUUUUCCGUCGGAUUGAAAAGCUGGGAAAGGGCCACGUGGAAGAUCUCCGUCACCCUGAAAAAAUGAUAAAAUAUCCUGCAAAUGUUCGCCAAUGUUAUUUUUUCUUCGUGGGGCAAAUAUUUUUUUUUUCUCUACGUUGAUCAUUUCGUGGAAUCUUUGGUGAUCAGACAGAAUUCCCCGAGUCUGAGUUUGAACCAGUCUUGGUUGCCCAUGUGCUUGCGAUUAUUCGCGAUUUGUUCAUUUGUUCAAAAUUCAUGAUGCCUGUUUUUUUCUGGUAUGUUGCACGUAUUAAUUCUGAAAUGGAUCUCGUGAGAUAUUUGCGCCAACGGCUGAUCAUCUAACCGAGUCUUCUCGAUUUUGAAAACAUUUGUCCGAGUAAAGCUGUGCCAUAAUUGCCUUUUUGUGUAAUACUGUAUUUACCGUAGACCGUAGCUUGUGUGGCACUAAUUUCAUUUUCCUACUUUUUUCCGUUAUUGUUAAUCUAAAGCAAACGCAAUGAUUUGUGAAUUAUUCGGAAUCUCAACGUUUCCGAUAAAGUGAAUGAUAUUUUGGAAGUACAGGGAUUGAAAACCCAUGUCGAAGACCGAUGAUUCCAAUGAUAAAAAAUGGAUGUCUUUGGCUAUUUCAUCCUAUCUAUAAAUCUGAAAUUGGUAAGAAAUGUGAAUUGAUUCUGCAAAGACGAUUAAAAACUGGAUGUUUACGAUGUUACCGUACGCACGAUGAAGACGCAAAACAAACUUGAAGAAGAGAAAUACAGCAGGGUUUAUACUGGCAAUGGCUGCUUCCGGCAACCAACCUCGACGCAGAGUAUACGCAUUUGUUUAUAAUUCAGGGAUUUUGUGGAGAAAAGAAACGAAAAUUAUUGACCAAACGGAAGAACCGUCAGCUGCGUCGCAGCGAUCUCGGGAGAAUUUGCUUUAUGUCGUUUGUGCUUUUACUUGCAUGAUUUAUCUUUUUUACGACGCUUACGGCGUCGUCGGGGCUUCCACAAUCGAGCCUCGAUGAGAAACUAAAAGGAGGCUACAGAGUUCAUUUGUUUUCAUUGUGCGAGAAGAGCUUUGACUGAAUUACCAGCCGCGGUUGGCGACCCAGGCAGUUGUUUCUUGUGCAUCGAUUUUUUUAUUACUGUACUCUGCGGAGUUGACAUCUGUCGUUCGCAUUUCUUGGGGCUUGUUUUUUUUCUGAAAGAUUUCCUGACUUGGUGUGAACACGACCAGAUUUGUUUGUUUUCAACUUUUUCAGUGAUGAAGAAUAUUUUGGACAA